AGCGUUUGCACCGUUCGUGCGGGCGCGGGGCCGGGCGCUGCAGGGGGACCGGGGCGCCCCCGCCGCGGGGAAAGCCCGGUCCCUCGGCGGAGCCCGGAGGAAGGGACAAGCUUUAGUCCACCCGCUGUAACUUUCGUUUUUACGCGGCGCUUGUAUGUAACCUCGCGGGGAAGGCGCUCUUUCUCAUUUAAAUCGCAAAGAAGCCGCCCCCGACGAGAUAGGGCCGGAGGAUUCGCGCCGGCCGGCUCCCAGACCGAGCGGCCGCCGCCGGGCACGCCGCCGCGCCGGGGCGGGGACCGGGGCCGGGGGCCGGGGCCAGCACCGCCGCGGGCCUUCCCCCGCCCCAGGCGGUCCCGGGGACCCGCCCGCCGGAGUUGAACCCAACUUCGCCGCUUGUCCGUCCUCCGCACAGCCCAGCCGUGCCCUGCUGCGGCCAGCCCCGGGCCCGUGUCGGAGGGCAGGGCGCGACCUGCAUCGCCCCCGGCCCCGAGGGGCGGAAGGGGGGGGGAGGGGUGGUCGUCCCGGUCCCCCUCCGCGGGGGCGGGAUGUGCCAGGCCGGCGAGGUGCCUCCCCCUCCCCGCCCGCCGACGGGGCCCGCGGCGGUGCCGGCGAGCCGGCUGCUCGGCGCGCCCGCAGCCCGCGGAGGGGGAAGAGGACCGGCCCCCGCCCCCUCCGCGUCCCCCACCGCGUCCCCCGCCGCCGCGGCAGGUUCCCCGCGCGCCCGGGGGCAGCCGCCGGUAAGAGCUGCGGGGGACGGCAGUGGCGGCGGCGGGGAGGUGCCCGCCUGUCCCCUCGGACCCAGCCGGGACCCCCGUAAGUGUGUGCUCGGGGGAGGCGGGGGGAGCCGGCCCCCGGGAGCCCGCAGCCCGCGGGGGAGGGAGGCGGCAGCCCCGCACCCCGAGCCGGGACGGCGGCCGCUCUCCUGCGGGGCGGCUCGGGAGGCGGCGGGACCUGGCGCGCUCCGCCGCUGGCGCAGCCACAGCCGGACCCGCCGCGGCCGGGCGGAGCCACGUGUGUCCCGCCCGGCGCCCGGCCGGGAAACUACCCGGAGGAGGGAGCAAAUUUUGCCUGGAGGAAACCAGCUCCUCUUCGCCCGUAGCAGCCAGACAGCGGCCGCCCCUCCGCCGUCGGCCAGGGGGCUGCGGCCGGUUAGAGAAGAGCUUCCUCGUUCGGGACGACCUGUCACUUGCGGGUUUGCAGCGAGGCGCCCCGAGCCAGCCCCAGCCCCGCAGCGCUAACGGGCAGCACGCGGUCCCGCAUCAGCUGCCUCCCGGGCAGCGGCUCGGGGAGCAGCCGCACAGACGCCGGAGCGAGCGGGCCAAAGUCAGGAACCCUGCGCUACGUGCGAUAAAGUUGGUCGCAUUGAUGCGCUGAAUAAAUGUCGUGAAAUGUUCUUUGCGGUAUGGCUUCUCCUUGACGGUGGAUAUGCCCGUGGCAGUUACUUUAAGAAUUAGUAAUCGGUUAGUAGAUUAAAGAUUCCAAGCGAUUAAGAGCUUUGCUGGUUUAUUUUUUCCUUAAAAUGUAAUGUGGGGUUCUCUCGUAGUGAAGCUCAGUGAAUGCUGCAAAGCAGAGGAGUUUGCCACCCCGGCUUAUUUACAAAUAAAGGUCCCGAUUACUAACACUUAAAGUACCGAAAGCGAAAUUUGCUAAUUACACAUCACGCGCACGAAACCCCGAACUGUCAGAUGAGUAGCGUGCCAGCACGUUUGCAGUCGCUAGCAUCCCUCCCGUGUGCACAUUUACUAAACGCAGCUUGCUAGCAGCGCUCGCCAUACGAUAAAUCGUCCAGGUUUGAAAUUCAGAGAUACUUCUAGUGCGUCUCAAAAAGCAGCUGAACAUCCACUCUUCACAAUAUAUUGGAGAGCUAUACGGAAUAUAAAAACGAGGCUGAGAACUGGCAGAUUAGAUUUACCGUUCAUAUCUGCUACUUGAUUUCUGGAGGGAACGUGAAAAAGACCUGACGGAUACGUUUAGCGAUUGAUUCUCCCUUCAUGAGGUACAAACACAAAAAGCAAGGCAGAGACAAUGCCGAAAUGCAUUAAACCUCAAAAUCGAUUACAGCCCGUCAGAAGAUCUUUUAAAACAAUACAAAUCGUGGACUUUGGCGUAAUAUUUUAUCCCGAAAGACACUAAAUUUGCCGUGAAUGCGCUGCCUUGUUCACUGGCCGGUUCACGAGAGGGAAAAAAAACCAACAAAAAAACCCCAACACAGCAACUUCUCGCUUCAGUUACAGACAACUAUCAGGAGGAAAGGACAGCGUGAUGUGGCGCCAAGUGUGAGUUAAUGAAUUUACGCCUCUGCUCCUGUAGGAGCGAGCCCGGUCCGCAGCUCCCCAGUUGAUGGCUGCCCAUUAAUACACCUGCGUUCCCGCCCCGGCCGUGGGGAGGCAGGCGGGGAUUCAGUGCGGAGCCGCACAGUUUUGCCAGGUCCUUGCGAAACGCCAGUACCCUUGGAGUUGCACCCAAAGGAGAGCCAUUUCUCUGGAUUUCCGAGCCACAGACGACCGGGGCGGGUUUUCUGCUAGUAACCUUCUACCUUUCUAUAUGUGCCUGCGUGUGCGUGUGUGUGUGUGUGUCUGUGUAUACAUAUCUAUCUCCUAGAGAGGGAUUAAUUAGCCGGGUUUGAGCUGAAAGAGGCUGCAGUGACGAGGCCAGUGGCGAUUGGCCGCCCGCCUGCCUGGCCCUGCCUUUAUAAUUUCCACACGAGUGCAUCUGGGCUCUUAUACAAACCAACAGCCAGCUUCUUCUGACAUAUACACACACACACACACACACACGGCACUUUUUUCCACCAUCUGAUUAACCACCCUGCAUACACACAGUGAUUACUACGGGAAAACAUAAAUAAAUACGAAGAGGUUUUAUUAUUUUGACUACUGGAAGCCUCACUGUGUCUCAGUGCAACUUUUGUUUUUCUUGCUGCUGGGGAAGGUGCAGCUCUCGAUGCUUUCCUCUCACUCACGGACCCUUUAAAAAAAGGGGGAGGAAAAAUAUCGCCCCCUCCAGUCCCCCGCCCGCCCCCCCCCCCUUCCCCCCCCCCCCCCCCCCGCCGCCACACACACUUCAAGACGGCUGAUCUAAAAAAGCAGGAAGAGAGCAUCUGAGGAGCAGCAGCCCCAGCGCAUUUUGAAAAACAUUUGUUACAUUUCAGAGUGCGGCAGCCUGUUUCUCCUCUGAAGUUGGCUCCAGCCUUAGCAGCCGCAUUGGAUCCCACAGCCUAUUGCGAGACUCCGGUAUACAAUCCGGAUCUCUGCCCCAACAUGAUCGCGGCCCAGGCCAAGCUGGUGUAUCAUUUGAAUAAAUACUACAACGAGAAAUGCCAAGCCAGGAAAGCUGCCAUCGCCAAAACAAUCCGAGAAGUCUGCAAAGUGGUGUCGGACGUGCUGAAGGAGGUGGAGGUGCAGGAGCCUCGCUUCAUCAGUUCCUUGAACGAGAUGGACAAUCGCUACGAGGGGUUGGAAGUCAUCUCCCCCACGGAGUUUGAAGUCGUGCUGUACCUGAACCAAAUGGGGGUUUUCAACUUCGUGGACGACGGCUCCUUGCCGGGCUGCGCGGUGUUAAAGUUAAGCGACGGGCGCAAGAGGAGUAUGUCCCUCUGGGUGGAGUUCAUCACGGCGUCUGGCUACCUCUCCGCUCGCAAAAUCCGGUCCAGAUUUCAGACUCUGGUGGCUCAAGCCGUGGAUAAGUGCAGUUACAGAGACGUGGUAAAGAUGGUGGCGGACACCAGCGAGGUGAAGCUGAGAAUCAGGGAUAGGUACGUCGUGCAGAUCACUCCGGCGUUCAAAUGCACGGGGAUCUGGCCGCGGAGUGCUGCCCACUGGCCGCUUCCCCACAUCCCCUGGCCGGGACCCAACAGGGUGGCGGAGGUCAAGGCGGAAGGCUUCAACCUCUUAUCCAAGGAGUGCCACUCUCUGGCCGGCAAGCAGAGCUCGGCCGAGAGCGAUGCCUGGGUGCUGCAGUUCGCGGAAGCCGAGAACAGACUGCAGAUGGGCGGCUGCAGGAAGAAAUGCCUCUCUAUCCUCAAAACCUUACGGGACCGUCACCUGGAGCUGCCGGGCCAGCCCCUGAAUAAUUAUCACAUGAAGACUCUGGUUUCCUACGAAUGCGAAAAGCAUCCCCGCGAAUCGGACUGGGACGAGUCGUGCCUGGGGGACCGGCUCAACGGGAUUUUACUGCAGCUCAUCUCCUGCCUCCAGUGCAGGAGGUGCCCGCAUUACUUCUUGCCCAACUUAGACCUCUUUCAGGGCAAACCUCACUCGGCCCUGGAAAACGCGGCCAAACAAACGUGGCGACUGGCUAGGGAAAUACUUACCAACCCCAAAAGUUUGGAGAAACUUUAAAGGGUAACUCUAAAAGCGGCCCGACCGAUCAAUCUGCUUGUUUCCCGAUGAAGUUUAAGCUGCCUGUUCGAAAAGUCAAAUAUUGUCACUUGACAAUGCAAAUCAUAACUCUCUUUUAAAAAGGAAUAUAGUUUAGGCUCUUCACAAAGAAAAGCAAGUAAGAACAGCAAGUAUGGUUCCUCUUAUCUUCGUCACAGUUUUGCAGUUCCCCAUGGAAAAAAAAAAAGAAAAAAAGAAAGAAAGAAGAAGAAAAAAAAAAAAGAAAUUGUGUUACCUGGAAAGGAAAAUUGGCCGUAAUUUAACAUGAUUGUGACCGUUCUGCCCAGAAAUGGUACCAACGGAUUAUAAAAAAACCCGGUAUUUUUAUGUAAACCCUCUGUGAGUAAAAGCUAUUUGGAUAUGCCACCUGAACAAAACCUAAUGUACCUUUUAAUUUGUAUCAAAUAUUGUGAUCUCACAUUGUCUUUGAAAUAGUGGAUGUUGGUGUUUUGUGAUUUGGUGAACAGAAGUUAAAUUGCCAUUUUGGAUACUUCAAGGACAGUUUCUGCUAAAGAGAAGAUACCAUUUAAAAAGGUAGAUUUUAUCAUGGUACUUUUGCUAAUUGUCUUUUGAAGUGUCUGAACUUAACAAGUUUACAUUUUUCGUUUCAUAUAUAUUGCUUGUUCUAUUUCUAACAUUCCAUAAAUAUACUUGAAAUGUUAUUUAAAUAUAUUCAAAAGAAAUUUGGAUUCUGCUUAUAUAAUAACGCUUGAAUAUUGGAAUUAUAUAUUUGAAAAUGCACUUGAAAUACACUGGAUACACCUUUUGUGAUUUAGAUUUUAAUUUCUGUUGCUGAUUUAUUUAAUUACAAGCUAAUAAAUGAAGUAAAAUGCA